GGAGAUCAGAGGGCGCAUCCGGAAGCUGAUCCAGCAGCCGUGGCCACCUGCCCAGUUAUCAAACCACCUACGUCUGCUGAGUCUAUCCAGUGCAAAGAACCGGAUGAGGCACAUCCUGAGCUCAAGCAAAACUUCAUUUCCAAGAAUUUGAAGUCGCUGGGCUUCACCAAGAAGCAGCCUGUACUCACCAAAGAGGAAGAAGAACGUAUUUUUGCUGAAUACCACUACACAGGAGCAACAACUAAUAUUCACCCGUUGUUGUCCUCACUGAUCAAUUACACCCAUCCAGUGAAGUUCAGCGGAUUUGAUGUCGCGGAAAGUGAGUCUGAAUACUCAUUCACUUUUUCGCUUCAGAUAUUCUGGAAUGCCGGUUGUCAAAUGGUUGCCCUAAACUUCCAAACACCCGAUGUGUACAUGCAACUAAAUAUGGGCAAAUUCGAGUACAACUGUGGAUCUGGGUACCUGUUGAAACCUGAUUUCAUGCGGCGACCGGACAGAACCUUCGACCCGUUUUCUGAAUCACCUGUGGAUGGUGUGAUUGCUGCGCAUUGUAGUGUUCGAGUAAUUUCGGGGCAGUUCUUGACGGACAGGAAGGUUGGCACGUAUGUGGAAGUAGAAAUGUAUGGUUUACCAACGGAUACAAUAAGGAAGGAACAUAAGACCAAAGUCAUACCAGCGAACGGGCUCAAUCCUGUUUACAGUGAAGCUCCAUUCGUGUUCAGAAAGGCAGCUUUCUAA